AUGGCAUGCACUCAUGACCGUAAUGCCCCCUCUGCUAGCCCAAAUUCGUCCGAAGAGGUCGAGUCACACCACGGUACCCCAGCAACGAAGCUUUCUCCUUUCUCCCCAGAUCAGGUCCUUGAGGAUCUCAAGCACGUUAACCAGGGUAUCGUGAGAGCGAGGGUACCACCACCCUUUGUUCUUGCUCGUGAACAGUCCAAUUUCGGCCCGAAUGGCAAAGCUGGCAACUCCACGUUGCCUGGAUCGCAAGAUCCCUUCCUCUCGGUUCCAAGUUUGAGCUCAAACACUCAAAGCUCUGGCGAUGGGUCCAAGCUAUCGCCCAAUGCUUCCACGUUCACUCCUACGAGCUUGAUCGAGAGUGUCUCUAGCAAUGGCACCUCAAGCUCUAGCACAUUCCAGUAUCCCCUCUCGGCUCCAAUCUGCGGUAUCGGUAUACAAGGUCUGGAUUUCCUUUCGCCCAUGUCUCGCUCAAACAACCUCCAAUACGGUCCGAUUGGCAAGAAGAGUUUCUUAUCUGGUUCAAAUAACACUACCAUUUCCCCCACAACUCAGCCGGCAGGCUCUGCUUUCGGCACUCUGGUCACCAAUGUGGGAUCCAUCAGGCUGGGGCAAUUCUCUACCGAUGUCCCAAAAUCGAGGUCGUUGAUGGCGGGCCCAGUGAGUAAGGCUACUUCCGCGAAGGAGAUCGAAAAGCUUUUGGGUCACAAUGUCACCUCACCCCCGAAUGAUGUCGUGUUUGCUGAGUUGGCUGUCACUGGCCUAUUCUACGUCAAAUUUGCGGAUAUUCGUGACAGUGACAAAGCGUUUUCAACCAUCAAAACAUACCGCCGUGAAUGGGACGUUCAGUACAUCUUACCAAAGCAUUUUGCCCUGAAAUUUCAUCCAGAGAAGUUCCGGCUCUCUCCUGUUUCAGAGUACGAGGGACAAGUCCUGGUGAAGGCCGAGUACGCAGGACUGCCUCAAAACUUUGAUGUCGUGGCGAUUGGACAUCGCAUCAAAGAGGCGCUUGAAAAGUAUGGCUCUAUAAUAGCCUUCGAACUAGGCAUAGUAAAGGCCUCGGUAGCGGCUUAUCGAGCAGAGUACUCUAACGUCAACACAAUCGACAACGCUUUGUUGCGUAUGAAUGGUUCGAAUUUCGCCAUGUGUACCUUGAGCAUAGCUCCCUACCAGCCUGACCUGGAAGAACUAACACAAAGCCUGUCAAAGUCACCUGGUCCUCUUAUUAUAGGACAGGAGACGAGCUUGGAGAGUGAUUUUGCUAGCAUGAGCCCGUUUGAUCGCCUGGACACCUAUGGUCCAGAGACCUCAAGCUCUUCAUCGAAUUCUCAGCAUCCUCACUCGGCCCCCGCUAGUCGGCCUCUUGCAUAUCGCAAAGACUUCAAUGAGCAGCAUACACCAUCGUCUCACCACAGUCACGGCCAAGGCUACGUGGGCGGAACCUCUAAUCAGAGUCCUAUUUGGAGUCCAAAUCCAAACUACAGCCCUUUCUUGAACUCAGGGUUUCAAUCGCCGAUCUGGUCCCCGUUCAACCCCGGUGCUAUUGGACAAGAGCGUGGAACACCCACACUUCUACGAGUACAUCAGCGUCAAGGAUACUAUCCCCCACAAAAUAGGGGCCAAAGCAAGAUUGGUGGGCGUCAAUCCCACGACUAUGGGUCAGGGCACCAUAACAUCGUAGAUAUUGAUCGUAUUCGCCGGGGAAUCGAUGUUCGCACAACCAUCAUGCUGAGAAAUAUCCCCAACAAGAUUGAUCAAGCUCUGCUCAAGGACAUCGUGGAUGAAAGCAGCUUCGGCAAGUACGACUUCAUGUAUCUACGGAUUGAUUUUGCAAACAACUGCAAUGUUGGCUAUGCUUUCAUCAAUUUUGAGGACCCUUACUCCAUCAUCGAUUUCGUGAAUGCUAGAGCCGGCCACCGUUGGAAUUGCUACAAUAGUGACAAGGUCGCCGAGGUCUCCUAUGCCACUAUCCAAGGCAGAGACUGCCUAGUUCAGAAAUUCCGCAAUAGCUCCGUCAUGCUCGAGCUUCCGUCUUUUCGCCCAAAGAUCUACCACACUGGCACUGGUCCCAAGGCUGGCACCGAAGACAAAUUUCCAGGCCCAGACAAUCCAUCAAAGAUGCGUCGGAGUGUUGAAAAUGCAGAGCAUGUUGGGCUUUUCGCGCCCAGAGCCGGUCAAAACUUUCGCGACGAGCAACGACGACGUCGGUCCCAGUAUGAUCGCGGCACUCGGCUUGCCGAGAUGGAGGAUUCAUACGAAACCCAUCAUCACGACUAUAGAACCGAGCCAAAUGCUUUUUAUGCCGUUGGUCCCUAUGGGAGCUCCAGAGGUCCGUGCUACCCAGACUAUGGAGGGACUCCAUUGUAG